AGGGUAAAAAAAAAAAUGGAAGGGUGAUUAUGUGAAAUCAACAAAACCAAGUCCUGCCCAUCUCGCAAAACACCCCUAGGCUAGAAUUCCAACUCUCUUUACGUUUUUCCUCUCAAGAAAACGAAAAUUAGAUUCCCCGUUGCUUUGCCAUCAACAGGAGAACUGUUCGUUUUUUUUUUUUUUUUUGGGUUCUGAAUAUGUCUGGAGAAGAGGAAGAAAACGCCGCCGAGCUCAAAAUCGGAGAUGAGUUUUUGAAGGCCAAAUGUUUGAUGAAUUGUGAAGUUGCUCUGAUUCUCGAGCAUAAGUAUGAGCAGCUUCAACAGACGUCUGAUGAUCCAAUGAACCAAGUUUCUCAAGUUUUCGAGAAGUCACUGCAAUAUGUGAAGCGUUUUAGUCGCUAUAAAAAUCCUGAUGCUGUGAGACAAGUUCGAGAAAUCCUAAGCAGAUAUCAGUUGGCUGAGUUUGAGCUUUGUGUGCUCGGCAAUUUGUGCCCUGAAACUGUGGAGGAAGCUAUUGCUAUGGUGCCAUCUAUAAGGAGCAAGGGGCGGGCUCAUGACGACGAAGCGAUUGAGAAAAUGUUGAACGACUUGUCGUUGAUCAAGAAAUUUGAGUAGCAGCUCAUCUUAAAUUCUUACAUCGAUGUUUUCACUGUAUACCAUGUUAUGAUCUUGCAGCCUCAGGCUCCCCUCGAGGAAUUUAAGGUUCAGACAUUUCUUUGACUACAAGUACUAGCUAUUGAAUGCUCGCUUCAACUAUAAUAUGAUCCUGGAAUCAGUGUACUGGAUUUUUAGAAUUAGUAAUUAUGUGGGUCAUCACCAAUUUGAUUGUGCCACUUGAACUGGUUGUAAUGUAAAGUUAUAUAUGCAAGCAGUUUUGAAACCUGACAAA